CGACCAUAGCGCUUUCCCCAGACUUCCUCUUUGCCUCCCUGCCUUUUUUGGACGUGCUGUGCUGGUGGAUAUCUGCUUUUCAAGGGCUGCUUUCUUGCAUACUAUCGACCUUGUACAACAUCUUCUUGUAUAUUCUAUUUCUGCUACGGACAUGAUUGCGGCAUUCCCCGCAUCCAGGUGAGAAGCGGUGGAGGUCCUUGUUGUUGAACAUGUUCGCCAGGUGUAAAGCACCCAUAUGGCGCGUCGAUGAUUUGACGCCUUGUUUCCAAGCAGACUAUCUCCAGACACUAUUUCCACUGCUAGCAUGCGCCAUAUCUAUCCUGCUGUUAACCGUCGAAACCGUACGCCAAAGGCUGAAAAGCCGGCGUCGAAAGCAUACCCACCACCUACUCAUCGACGUUGAUGAAGAUGACGAGGUCUCGACAGAUGAGGACGGCGAUGAAGAUAGCCUGGCGAGGCUCACACUGCAGAAAACCCAGAGUCAUGGCGGUAUAUCGAUUAAAGACGUCGACAGACCUACUGGCGAAGUCCUGCUUGUCACCGUUGAGCUCCUACUGGUGCUAGGACAACUGGUCGUCAACAUUGUCACAAUCCUCGACGAAGGGAACCGCAGGAAACGCGCCUCAAUAGCAGAAACCGUCGUGUCCGGAUACCUUGCAACACUCUCCGGAGCUCGCCUGCUUGCGUCAACCACGACUUGGGAAUCUCCAAUCAAGAGCCUGUGGAAUCACAGUGCUACACUGUAUAUUAUACAAUGGCUCAACUUGGUCUGGGUUUUCCGAUCAGUCCUCACCCACCCAGUCGAUGGCCUGCUCCAAGCUUUGACGAUUGUUUCCUUCAGCAUUACAACCAUCCUCGUCGUCAUCGCACUAUGUUCUCGAAAGGGGAACAAAGGCGUACUCUUGGAGCAUGAAGGUGAUAUUGAGCCAUCUCGCGAGCCGCUUGCCAGUGUUCUCUCUUUGGCAACCUUCGCUUGGGUCGAUCCAAUCGUCUGGAAAGGCUACAAGAAGACAUUAGACCUUGCCGACGUCUGGAAUGUAGCUAUUUCGGACAAGGCUGAGACGGUAUUGGCUCAUUUCCGCCAAAUCCAGAAGACUCAUUCACUUGCCGUCCGACUUCUCCUGCAUUUCAAGAAGGAGCUUCUUAUUCAGGGCGCAUGGUGCGUGCUAGCAAGCGUUUUCAUGUUCCUGCCAACACUACUUUUGAAAGCUAUUCUUGAGUAUCUUGAGAACACCGACAAGAUCCCUCGCAGUGCGGCAUGGCUCUAUGCUAUACUUCUCUUUGCUACUGGCGCUGUGCAGGCCGUUGGCGAUGGUCAGGGACUGUGGAUUGGGAGAAAAAUCUGCAUCCGACUACGUGCCAUCAUAGUGGGUGAGAUCUAUUCCAAGACACUGCGAAGGAAAGCAGCAGCAAGUACCGACUCCGAACUUGACAAAGACAAGACUCAGCCUAAAGACAAGCAAUCGCUUUCCAUCAGGAUCAAAGCAAUUUUGAAGAACAAAAGCCCAAGACUCCAGAAGGCUCCGAACGCUGAGGACGCUCCCACGAAGGCCCCGAAUACCCAGGCUAACAACGGAACAAUCAUUAACCUCAUGUCUAUUGACUCCUUCAAAGUAGCCGAGAUAUGCGCCUACUUGCACUUCCUCUGGGCUGCUGUACCCGUUCAGCUUGUCAUGGCGGUCGCCUUGUUGUACAAGGUGUUGGGCUAUAGCUCUUUCGCAGGCAUCAUCAUGAUGGUUUUCAUACUGCCACUCAAUUUGUACAUCGCGAAAUCAUUCCAAGCUGCGCAGAAGAGGAUCAUGACCGCUACCGACGGUCGAAUUCACGUCACGAAUGAAGUCCUCCAGAACAUCCGAAUCAUCAAAUAUUUUGCAUGGGAACGGCGCUUCCAGAACAGCGUCAAUGAGAAGAGGCAUGUCGAGCUAUCAGCUUUAUGGCGAAAAUACGUGUUAUGGGCCAGUGCGGCAACUAUCUGGAGUGGAGUUCCGAUUCUGAUCACAUUCACCUCCUUCCUCAUUUAUACGCAGAUCGAGAAGCGGCCUCUUGUACCAUCCGUUGCCUUUCCGGCUCUGUCGAUGUUUUCGUUGUUGCGAAUACCUCUGGACCAGCUUGCAGAUAUGGUGGCUCAUGUGCAGGAAUCGAAAGUAUCCGUGGACCGUGUCGAAAAGUUCCUUGACGAAGAGGAAACGGAAAAGUAUGUUCAAUUGCGCCAGAGCAGAAGGAGAAGUUUGCCAGCUAGUCGCAUCGCUCUUGACAAUGCGACCUUGACAUGGGGAGCUUCUGGGCCCGAAUCAACUGAAGCAUUUCGACUGAUUAACCUGAGCGUGGAUUUCCCCAUAGGCCAGCUCAGUGUGAUCGCAGGCCCAACCGGAUGCGGCAAGACAUCCUUGCUCAUGGCUCUACUUGGAGAAAUGCAAUUGCUCAGCGGCAAUGUCUAUAUACCAGGAGGCUCGGUUCGGCAGGAUCUGCGGCCAGACCCGAUCACAGGCUUGACUGAAAGUGUGGCAUACUGCGCUCAACAAGCAUGGCUUGUGAAUGCUACGAUCAAGGAGAACAUUUUAUUCGCCAGCCCUUACGACGAAGACCGUUACCACGAGGUUAUCUCAAUCUGUGCGCUUGAGCGCGACUUGGAAAUACUUGAUGCGGGUGACAUGACUCUGGUUGGAGAAAAGGGCAUUACCUUGUCUGGUGGUCAAAAGCAAAGAAUUUCACUCGCCAGGGCAAUUUAUUCCAACUCGAAACAUCUGCUGCUAGACGAUUGUCUAAGCGCGGUCGAUGCACACACGGCAAAGCACAUCUUCGAGGAAGCUCUCACCGGCAGUUUGAUGGCACACCGCACUUGCAUCCUGGUUUCGCACAAUGUUUCAUUGACUAUCCCUUUCGCGAGUCAAGUGGUCGUGCUGGGGAAUGGCAAGAUUACAGCUCAAGGGACUCCACAAGAAAUUGCUGACAGCGGUGCGCUUGGUGAUGAGCUUUUGAAAUCCCGACCUGUAUCGAGAGCAGCUUCCCAGGGACCUUCAAGAGUGUCUUCUAACCUCGAGGAGGAGACGUCGAAGCUGUCCGGAGGUAAUGGCCAUGUGACACCCGGUUCGCGUGGCAGAGAUACUGCCAGAAUCAAAGCGAAACUCAGCAAGGCGGAAAAGGAAUUUGUUGAUCAUCGACUUGAGGCUAAAGCGACUGGAAGUGUCAAGCUAUCGACAAUUAAAAUGUAUCUCCAGGCUAUGGGCCCUUGGUACUACUGGAUUUUCGCAGCUUGGGGUUUCAUAGCUACUCAGCUUGGAUCUGUUGCCACAAAUCUCUGGAUCCGGCAAUGGGCGAACGCCUAUCAUCUUCGGAAGACGCAUUCGGCACAUGCAGUAGUUCAAGGCUUUCACCAUAAAGCGAUGGUGUCAACGUCCAGCUUCGGGGGAUCGUUGGUUCAAAUACCACAAACUGCUGCCACCGUGAGCGUUUCCUGGGCUCAGGCACUCCAAAAUGUGGAUGCCUGGUAUUACCUUGGGAUUUAUGCGGUCAUCGGCGCGGUCUACGUCUUCAUUUGUUUCUCGAGGGAGCUCAUUCUCUUCUGGGGCUCACGACGUGCCUCUUGGCUUCUCCAUGAGAAACUGUUGACGAGUAUCCUCCGGGCCAAAUUCAAGUUUUUCGACUCGACACCUCUCGGCCAACUAACAAACCGAUUUUCCAAGGACAUUCAAGCACUGGAUCAAGAAGUUGCACCUGUCGCCAUAGGCAUGCUUCACAGUGCUGCUUCUGUUCUGACCAUUGUGAUUCUAAUCUCGGCGAUCACUCCAGGCUUUCUGAUUCCAGGUUUCUUCAUCACCAUUCUGUAUGUUCUGACUGGUCUCUUCUAUAUUCGUUCGUCACGCGACCUCAAACGGAUUGAAGCCAUUCAACGAAGUCCGCUCUUCCAACACUUUGGAGAGACCUUGUCGGGAGUUGUUACCAUUCGAGCCUAUGGAGAUGAGUCACGUUUCAUUCAGGAAAGCCACCUUCGUGUCAACACUCACAAUCGACCAUUCAUAUAUUUGUGGGCUACUAAUAGAUGGCUCGCUUUCCGGAUUGAUAUUGCUGGAGCCUUGGUCUCGUUCUUCUCGGCGAUGUUCGUGGUGCUCAACGCUGGCCACAUUGACCCUGGAGCAGCAGGUCUGGCAUUGUCGUACGCCAUUACUUUUACACAGAAUGUCCUCUGGCUUGUGCGGCUAUAUGCUGCCAACGAACAAAACAUGAAUGCCGUCGAGCGACUUCAAGAAUAUAUUAACGUCGAGCAGGAAGCGCCAGCAGAAGUUCCAGAAACCAAACCUGCAUCUAAUUGGCCUUCUCAUGGAGUGGUUGAGUUCAUCGGUUACAGCACUAGAUAUCGGCCGGACCUCGAGCCUGUGUUGAACAAAAUAACGUUCCGCAUUGAGGCCGGGCAAAAAGUGGGCAUCGUGGGUAGGACUGGAGCUGGCAAAAGUUCCCUCGCUCUAGCCUUGUUCCGAGGUCUCGAGGCCGAAGAAGGCAAAAUCCUUAUCGACGACGUCGACAUUGGUCUCAUUGGUCUGCAGGAUCUCCGCGAGGCUAUCACAAUCGUACCACAGGAUCCCACACUCUUCAGUGGCACCUUGAGAAGCAACCUUGAUCCGUUCGAGCUAUUUACGGACGAGGAAAUCUUCAAUGCCCUCAGGCGAGUUCAGCUGAUUCCUGGACCAAAGGAUGGCUCGGACCGCUCCGCAUCUGGAAGUCCUUUUGGGCCGUCGAGCAGAUCGCCGACUCUGCGAGAAAAUCCGACGCCUGCAGACAGCCAUGCAUCGUUCUCAGCAAAUGGAACCAUCAAGUCUGACUCGACCUUGGUACAGGAGGCGAGCAAUUCCAAGGACAACAAGAACAUCUUCCAAGACCUCUCGUCUCCCGUGGCUGAAUCUGGUUCCAAUCUAUCUCAAGGACAGCGGCAAUUGUUGUGCCUCGCGAGAGCGUUAUUGAAGGCACCAAAGGUGCUAGUGAUGGACGAAGCUACUGCAUCGAUCGAUUACGCAACAGACUCGAAGAUCCAAGAUACCUUGCGCGAGCUGAAGAACAACACGAUCCUUACCAUCGCUCACCGAUUGCAAACCAUCGUUGAUUACGACGCAGUGUUGGUUCUUGACAAAGGCGAGGUCAAAGAGUAUGCCUCUCCCUGGGAGCUGAUUCAGCAGGAGGAUGGGCUGUUCAGGUCCAUGUGCGAAACAAGCGGGGAUUUUGAUACAUUAUAUCAAUUGGCGAAGAAGGCAUGGCAGGAUAAGAGAUUGGUUGAUGACUCCUAGCAGGGUCAGCCGCAGUUCUUAAGGUGCCCAGUCGCAUGAGAAAAGUAAUUCUGGGUCGUUUUUCAGCGUGGGUGGGUGCCGUCGAUUGCAGAGAUUGUUUUGUGGCGGCCAAAGUCGCCUUGCCACUGUAAAUUCGUUACGCACAGUAUGUACAUAUUCUGAAAAUGGCGUGGAAGCGUCAAUAUUGUUGCAAGAGGCACAUUGCCGAAUCAAUAAUUGUUAAACGAG